UUUUGUAGUAAUUCCAGCUUUGACUACAGUGUCAGUUACUGUGUAGAGUGGCAUUUUCCAUCAUUUUCAGCAGACUGCAUUUAAUAAAUCCCUUCCCUAUUGUACAGUACCUGUUCUGAACAGCAUUUCCAUCCUGAGUAUUCUUUAUAACAGAAUGAUAACCUUUGACUUAGUGAAAUAAACGGCACUGCAGUAUUAUUAGAGAAGGACAGGACAGCCCACCACUAUCUGCUAUAAAUAUUCCCUCUACACCUCCCGUCCCCAGUUCACUUCUCAUGUUAUAUGUCAAGGGCUGGGCCCAAAGGAGCUUGAAGCGAUAUAUCACUGUUGUAGUCUCAGGACCGGAUCAUCAGCUGCAGUGUUUUCUGCUGGAGAUGUUGUGUUUUUGGUCUUCUUCGGGGAUUGGAGCAAAAAAACGUCAAGAACAAAACAUCUGACUGAAAAGGUUCGAUUUGUUUGUGCGGAAUCUUUUCGGCGCAUGUUUGGACAUGGCGUGGAGACACAGCAACACAGCUGCAAUGAGCGGGAGCCAGCUUCAACCCAUCAGCGGGCCCGGCACCACAACCAUGUCAAAAACCACCGCCAUUAGACUUCGAUACGUCUACGAUCCCAAACCUCAACUUCCCAAGGCGCCGGUCCCGAUCCGCCCUCCGAGCCCGAGACCCGUCUCCGCAAUUGCGGACUCCAAGCUCAGCUCGCACAGCCAUCCUCCGACUAAAACAAUCAUGAGGAGACGAGCUCAGUCCCUCUCCGUGCCCGCAGAGAGGAGGAGUCUACCCAGGAGCCCGCAGGUUCGCUUCGUGGACUCGCUGGGCCUGGACCUGGAGGAAGUGAAGGUGUUCAAAGUCAAAGAGCGACCGCUGAUACCCCAGCACGUUAUGUUCCGACUCCUGAUGAGCUCCGAGAUGGCCUUCGGGACGUCCCUGGAGCUGUCCCUGCCUCACUUCAAACCCUGUUUCCCCGAGAACCAGGGGACACAACCGGACUUCCUGGAGCGUGUGCACGCGCAGUUUGUGUGUCUGGACCGGGUCACGUGCACGGAUCUGGGAAUAACCGGCACCGUUCAAGUGCUGAAUUUAGACUAUGAGAAGAAGGUGGACGUGCGCUACUCUUUUACCAACUGGAGAACGAGCGCCGACACGACCGCAUCCUGGGUGUCGAGCGGGUCCCAGGGGGACCACGGCGGUCCAGGGACGGACGUCUUCCGGUUUCGUCUGCACGUGCCGCCUUUCAUUUUGCAGCCGGGAGGACUGCUGGAGUUUGCCGUCCGCUACCGUGUGAAAGGCUCCGAUCACUGGGACAACAACCGUGGGCGCAAUUACAAACUGUCGUGCCACUGCUACAAGGUGACCGUUCCAAGGGAAUGUGAGGACAGCAUGCUGCAUUUCACCUGAGUCGCCACACGGGGGCGAUGCAACAUUUGCACACAGACAUGCUUCUUCCACUAAUGCCAACAAUGCUGUGAGACUGUUGACUCACAUGUGAGUUGCUUUUUAUUGACCUUUUAACUCCAGUUG